AAUUUCCUCACUUGUACAACAUUACUGGAGUGUCAUAAGGGAUAUUUUGUGAUUAUUUUACGCCUGCAAGAAUCGUCCGUCUAUAUAAUCCUACUCCCCCAUCUCUAAUACAUCACCUUUGAAACAUCAUCUUCAUGCGCUUCCAAUUCUCCAGUGUGCUGCAAACGCUCUACACCCUCUCAAGUCUCAAUCGAGCCCGAGCUUCACAGCAGAUCCCCCUUCUGCAGUCAUUACCUCAGCGAGCCACCGCUCUUAGGUCUAUGCCCUCCAUUCCCAUCCUAGGCAGUCUCUUCGGCACGAAAGCCACCGACAGCUCCACGAUGUCCUUUCCAGACAAGCGAACUGAUGAUGAGUGGCGCGCCGUGUUGAACAAGGAGCAGUUCCGCAUCCUGCGCGAGAAAGGCACGGAACCCCCGGGUUCUGGCAAGUUUGACAAGCACUAUCCUUCCGAAGGCGUGUAUACUUGUGCUGGCUGCGAGGCCCCGCUGUACAAGGCCACGCACAAAUUCAGCAGCGGGUGCGGCUGGCCAGCCUACUUUGACAGCAUCCCGGGCGCCGUCGUGCGCCACGAGGAUAACUCCAUGUUCAUGAAGCGCAUCGAGAUCAUGUGCGCCAACUGUGGAGGCCAUCUAGGCCAUGUUUUCAAGGGCGAGGGCUUUCCUAAUCCUACUGAUGAAAGACACUGUGUUAAUUCUGUCAGCCUGAACUUCUCGCCUCAGGACAAGAUUGUGAAGGACGAUGCGGGGGCAGAUGGUGAGGCGAAAGAGUAG